AUGUCCACCACGCUCAUCGUCACCGCGUUCAAUGACGAGGAAAAGGCGGAGAUUAGAGCUCUGUGCGCGUCGUUGGACGUGCGGUUGGAUGAGUCCCACGGCCUGGGUGAUGCCUUCGACGUGUGCGUGGCGAAGACGACGACCUCGAUGAAGUACGACGAGGCGAGACAGAUGCGGAAACCAAUCGUGACGCUGGAUUGGUUGCGCGCGAGCGCAAAGGCGAGGCGGUUGAUCGAGAUGGAUAGAUACAAAGCGCCGCCGUUGAUGGGGUGCGUCGUGUCCAUCACGGGAUUCACAGAUUUGACGGUUCGGUCGGCGCUUCAGAAGAGGGUGGAGGCAAACGGGGGGAUAUAUUCACCGGACCUGGUGUGCGAUAAGUGCACCCACUUGAUUGCGGCGAAACCCGAGGGACAGAAGUAUGAGGUAGCGAAAACUGAGUCAGAGAGAGGAAAGUCGCUCGUUAAGAUUGUGAGCGAAAAGUGGUUGGACGAUUGCGUGCGGUUAGGGGAGAAGGCCAGCGAGGAUCGAUAUCAAGUGGUGGAGAGAGUCGUCGCCGCGCCGCAAGAGCCGAAAUGGGUGCCACCGCCGCUGCUAGAGGAUGACACACCGUGGGAUUCGCAUUAUUUAUUCGGAUGUCGAAUUUGCUUGGUGGGAUACGAUGACUACGGGCCUGAGGAUUCCCAAACAAAGAAGAAUUUGAUGCAAAAGGAUGCGUUUGAGAUCACGAAGAUGGUUCGUCUUGGCGCUGGUAUCCUCACUAAGGAUUUAGAUAGGGCGACGCACAUAGUCCUGAGCCGGAAUGCGAGCUUCAGAGCUUAUCACAGCGUGAGGAUGGCUAAAGAUCGCUGCCUCACCGAUACAUGGUUGUACAACUGCACCGCGGAGAGAAAGUGUCUGCCUUCGGAGGACAAUCUCAUCUCGGAGAAAGUCUGGGAGAAGGUCGGCAAGGCUAUGACUCAGCUUCGUCGAAACGAGACAUCGUCGGUUUCGCUGAACUCGGGCGGUAAUCGGGAUGUGUCGGAAGAGCUUGUGCGCGAGAAUCGUGUGAGUCGGUUGAACCCAGCUAUGGCUGCACCACAGCAAGAAGUUCGUGAGCCAGAGGUCGUGACCAGGGAGCAAAAUCCUCUUGCUCGGGAGAACCUUACUCGUACCUGUGUGCCUGAAACUCACAACACGAUUGGAACUGAACUACCCGCUACAGAGGUCGUUCGAGGCGACAUUCAGGCCGAGUCAGGCGAUCCAGGCUCGAUUAAUGUGCCCUUCAUCGACAAGCAAAUGGCGCUCUCUGCGCUGUUACCGGAAGAUGAAGCGUCGACGGCGCGAGAAAUCAUUAGUCAGGGCGGCGGAAGAGUGAUUGAUUCGCGCACUGGCAGAGAAUUCAUGACGGCUGACUUCAUGGUAUGCCCAUCGAUGCCAGGUGCAGAAGAGCGACGGAUGUUGGCAAAGAUGGCAAUCGGUAAGACGCAGCUCGUGACAUGCUUUUGGCUGGAAGAGUGCUUGCACCAGGGUAAGAUCAUCGACGUGAUGAACUCUGUGGCGUAUCGACCGCUCGAAAGCGACCUACCGGAAAUGAACGAUGUUCACAUCAGCACAUCGCAAUACGAUGAGAGCGUGAAACGCGCUAUUCGAUACAUGUGCGCACUUGUCGAUGCCAAGUACUCUGAUCGCCUAACUCGAACACAGAACACCCACUUGCUCACGCCGAUCGCUUCUGGUGCGAAGUAUAAAGGUGCUUCGGAGUGGGGUCACAUAAUCACCACAGUCGAGUGGUUGGAGAACUCCAUCAAGAUUGGCAAGCGUCUCAAAGAGUCCGAUUUUGUUCCUAGGUCUGAUCCCGAGCGGCACGCGGACUCGCAAGCCGAGCCAGAUCAACGUACCAAGUCGUUUCCUCAGGUUGGAAGGGAUCUCUCUGCUUUACUGCAAACGUCUGACGCGAAUGUGUUGACACCGAACAGCAUCACAAAGAGUACUCCGAGCACCGACAGCCGAAAGCGCAAGUCUGCUGACCUCCGCGGGAAGACUCCACUUUCUCGUAAGUCCUCCGGGACGACUCCUGGAAGUAAACGCCUGAAAACUCCGAACAGUAGAGCAAAAGCGACUGAACAGCUGUACAACGAGGUCAUGGAGAAGAUGGAAGAGCAAGAAGAAAGACAGAGACUGCAACCGAUGCCAACUGAACCCAUCAGUUUCCCGCCGCCAACGCUGGUUGCCGCACGAAACGCGACGGGGAUUUCAAGUUUGCAGCUCACUCAGCAGGAAAAGCACGAAACGCAGGUGGGAUACGCGGAUUUCAAGCGGAACUCACCGAGAAAGUCUCCUCGCGCACGACUCGAUGGAACGGACAAGCUGAACACAUUGUUCUCCACGUCCACCAAUGCGACGACCACGAGGAGCAUCACCUCGCAAGGCGAUAACCCAAGCGAGUGGAUUUAG